CCCCCUGCACCUGUCUCCCGCCGCGCCCCGACUCGCCUGCAGCUCCCGGGGCGCGGAGCCGGAGCCCGAACCCGCCAUGGGCCGCCUGCGGGGGGGGAUGCGCUGCAUCAAGUUCCUGCUCUUCGCCUUCAACUUCGUCUUUUGGCUGGCAGGGUUGGCUGUCAUUGCCUUUGGACUAUGGCUGCGUUUUGGUGGAGUCCUGGGAGACUUAACUUCGGAGGAAAAAUCCCCAGAGUACUUCUACAUGGGGCUGUAUGUGCUUGUGGGAGCAGGGGCGUUGAUGACGACAGUUGGAUUUUUUGGGUGCUGUGGAGCAGUGCGGGAGUCUCAGUGCCUGCUUGGAGCAUUUUUUGCCUGCUUGCUGGUGAUAUUUGCUGCUGAAGUCACCGCUGGACUGUUUGCAUUUAUAGGCAAAAAAGUGGCAGUACAGGAGGUCCAGGCCAUCUAUGAAGAAGCUUAUGAUGACUAUGUGAUGGACAUGGGGAAAAGCAACAAAACUCUCAUUCAGUUCCACGCAGCUCUUCAGUGCUGUGGUAAAGAAAGUGAGAUUCAGGUGAAGCCCACCUGUCCAGAGGGCAUCCAGGUGCCCAAGAACUGCCUGCAUGAAAUCCAGAAUUUAAUUAACUCUAAUCUGCAUUUAGUUGGAAUCGUUGGAAUUGCAAUUGCUGGCAUCACCAUCUUUGGCAUGAUUUUCAGCAUGGUUCUCUGCUGUGCUAUCCGCAAUACAAGAGACAUGCUCUAAAACUCACUGCACAAUUUCUAUGCUCCGGGACUUCCAGGCUAAACUUGGCAAGAUGCAUCCUCUGAGAUUAAUAAUUGUAAUACAUUUUUGAUUAGUGUUUUAACCAACUGAGAGGAAAAGGCCCCAUUUGGUGAGUGUGACUUGCAUUAAUUGUGUUCAGACUUUUAAGUCAGAAAACUGAAAUGAGUAAAAUGAGGGUUUUAAAUGUACUUUCUUAAAGUGAAAAGGCAAAGGUAGCACCUAAAAUUAAUUUGUUUUUAAAUAUUUUGCAUAUAUACUGCUGAGUGCCUACGCAUCUAUAUACAUUGGGUAAGCACCUGCCUGUCUCCACAUAUGGAUCUGCAAGAAUGCACAAGUACAGAUAUCUGUAUAUAUAUAGUACAUUGUGUGGGUGAAUGCAUGCAUAUGACAUAUGUUGUGUGGGCACGUGUUUGCAUGCACAUUCCUGCACUUUCCCCACUAUGUUAGAGUGUGCAUACAGCCCUGGCAUAUAUCCAGGUUGAAACCCUUUCAUAGUGAACCCCUGUUGGCUAAUAAUCAGUGUAGGAGCAACUGCCAUUUUUAAAAUGAAACCUUUAAUGUAGUUUUAUUCAGUCUCCCCAAAAUUAAAAGGAAAUACAAUUAAUAAAUUGGAUUUAUUCAAAUAAGUUGAUAUCUAAGGGCCUGUUCCUGGAAGUAUGUACUCCAUGUGAGUAGUCCUGUUGACUUCAGUGUCACAUACAGGAGUGUUGGUAGGAUUGGGCCCUACAUCUGAACAAAGAAGGCUUCUUGGGGAAUCCUAGGACCAGGCAAAAGUGGGAGGGUUAAGACAGAGAUGGGAGGCCGAUGGGUAAUGCAGAGUCAGUUAUAUCAGGAUAAAGUGUGCCUUGGCUUCCCAACCCAGUCUGUGUGACAAAAUCAGGGUUAUGAGUUUGAAAGGUCUCUAAAAUCCUAUUAAUUUUUAAAGCGGAGAUUUCAGAAGAAAGGGCCAAAAAGAGCUGCAGCUGACAGCCCCACACUGGGAGCAGCUAGCAUGGGCGUAUACUUGUACAAAGGCCAAAUGAGCCCAGCAGAACUCCACACAGCACAGAGGCUAGUGCAGGAUUGGAGCCUUUAUCCAGGAAAGCAGCAGAGUUGUGGGAGAUCUUGUGGCCAAAAACUUUGGCUAGCUGUGCUGUAGGAGACAAAUCGUGAAGCGUGUUAGGGAGAAACAGAAGUGGCACUUUAAUACCUUCAUUUCUGCCUCUACUCUGAGCUACUGCGACUAUCACCACUUCAGCAGGGCUUUUACCUCAAAUCUCUCACCUUCUCCUUUGGGUAUAAGGGCAGGAAGUAAAGGCAGGACAUUUUUACAGUCAUAGAGUCAUUUUCUCAUUGGCAAUUAUGCUUUGCGGGUAAGAGAUGUAAGAAUUACACUGUAUCCUUGAAAUACCUCAGGACUUGAGUUUAUAUAGCUUGCUUCCAUAUUUUUAUUUUUCUUAUUUAUUCACAGUAGAAUGUUCCUUUUAAAACAUUCAACAGCCUGGAAGUAUUCUCUCCAUAAUGGGAAAAUAAAGUACCCGAGAGACUAAGAGUUUUAUAUUUUUGGUUCAUUUCAUUUGGGAAAGCAGUCUCUUCCCACCCCCCAAAAUGUUUCAGAAAGGAGCUGUGCUAGAGGUGUACAUGAACUCAUGUAGCAGCCCUGUCUCUCUGUCUAUCCUAUCCAGCUUUCUAAUGCAAUUGUGAUUUGGUUUUCCUGGGUUCUGAAUUAGAGAGUAAGUAUAAUGGAGAAGGGCUCGUCUCAACUGAUACCUUCAUGAAAUGAUCCCUGCUCUCCAACAAUAUGAUGCAUUCACUAUAAUAGAGUCUUUGCUCCAUUGAAACAUACUGGAAGGACAUAGGACUUCAAGAAAUAUUUGCUAUGUCAGGGCGUUAAUUCAAGCACUGCAUGAACCCACGUGCAUGUGUUUGUAUGUAAUACGUGUACCACAGAGUGUGCUGCCCUCACAGUCCCAAGGAACCUCAUAUUUAUACCACCUCAACCUUAUUUUGGUGGUGGAAAUCAUUCUAGGGUUAUACCUUUUCUACAAUUCACUUAAUAAUAUUUGAGUGUCAGACCUGCCUAUCCUUUACAUUUGCCAUUUGUAAUUUCUCACAGGCAGCAUUUGAAUGGCAAUUGAUAUCCUAAGGCAGCUGUAUUCCACUAAAAGUAAAGCAGCUGGGCAUGCAACACACUGCCACGCCAGGAAUUUCUGGGCUUAGCCUCAGGCUCCCCAAGCCAACAUGGAGACAAGGUGGCUGGCUCCAAGGAAGAGAGCUAGGUUUGCAUCCUUCUGCAGUGACCUCACUGGAGGAGAGUCCUGUGGAAACACCUGGUGUAAUGAUAGGGACUGAGGAGAUUACUGCAUGAGCCCAAGGCCAGAACUUCAGGGCCUGACAAAGUAGUUCACUUUUAGGAGAGAGUGUGAGUCUCUAGACAAGGCAGAGAGCCCUUGGGAGUUAUGUGGAGCUGGGGAAUACUCUAUAAAGAGAAGGCUGGCAAAAAAUAGAAAUCGCUAUACAGAAGCAGUUUUCUUAGCCUUUGCUGGUCAAAUGAAAAGGUCUUUGCAGACCAGCAGGCUGUAAAUAACACAUUAGGCAGACAUGAUGGCAUUAUUGAUUUUUUAUGAACUAAGACCUAACCUUAUUGGCGCUGUUCAUUGCUGGCCUUACCGGGUCUUGUGCUCUGGAUAGUACAGAUAACUGUAAUGCUCACUGCAUCCCAUGCGGGAGGGCAUUUACUGUACAGGCAGAUCCAUCUCUCACGCACACUCUGGAAUGAGUAUUUUUUUUUAAACACACCCACACACACCCUUGCCAUUUAAAAAAAAAUUACUGAAUCUUGUUUGGCGCCAGAACAGUAAGAAAUAGCCAGAGUUUGCUUCACUUUUCACUUAUAGCAACAUGGAGUCAGUCUGGAGAUGCCCACUUCUGCUUUUGAGAUGCACCAGGUCAAGGACUGGUGCUUGCGGAAACCUUUCUUGCUUGUUUACCUCUAAGUGCCUUUUAGAAACAGAGAAGAGUGCCAGUAAGAAGCUAUAUUUCAAUAAAUUCAGACUUGAAUCACCUUGCUUUCUAAUGAAAUCAUUUUUUUCUAUACAAUGUGUUCAUAUUUAUAUGCAUAACAGUUAGGUGUACUCUGGGUUCCAGUGCUAUCCCGGAAUAUUGGAUAUGCACUUUGUACUGAAGAUCAGGAACAUGAUACCAGUUAUUGGUUUAAUUCUCUGGAUUAUGAUUGUGCAUCAGGCCAGGAAGCAGCAUAUUUAAAAUGUCUGUCAGUGCCUUUAACAGUGUGGCCUUCCCAUCUCGCCGUUUCAUGCUGUUGUUUUGUAGACAAAAUAUCACUGAAUUAGUAAGUUUCCUCUAUCCUGUAUUAGCAUUUGAAGGACAUUUUACUCUUAGCCAGUGGUUACUAGCAAUAGAAGGUGAAAUUGCUAUUUUCUUUGCCCCUUAUAAUAAUUGUUAGGAUUCUUCUGUAGUGCUUUGCAAGCAAUAACUAAUUAGACCCUUCCUUGGCAUUUCUGUGGCUAGACUGAGCAAUCCUGCUUUUAGUUCAGUUGUGGUUGAGCUAUAAAUCCAACCCUGACAUCUGGGAAGAAAAGUACCCCCAGUUUCUGUGGAAAUAUUCCCCAUUCAUUGUGCUGCUUCCCCUUUGGUUUAAAUCUGGCACUCUCAUUUUAUUCCCAAGCUCUGCACUUCUGCCAGAUGGCACAGCACUCUUCCCAAUAUGCUCCAUCUGGCUGUGAUAAGGAAAUUUUCUAUGGCAUAUGAAUCCAAACCACUAAACAAUAUAGUCUGUGCUAGAAAAUCAGCACAUCAGGAUUGAAUUCACUCAACCCAGUUCUGUCCUCAGAUACAUACAUGCAUGAGAACAUCCAAUGCGCCGAUAAGAUCAGGGCUCCUGCUAGACCAGUAUCCUGUCUCUGACAGUGGCCAGUACCAGCUGCUUCAGAGGAAGGUGCCAAAAACAUCUGUAGCGAGCAGCAGCCAGUAGGGGAAGUUUCUUCCUAUUCCCAUCAAUUGGCUCAUUAUUCUCAUUAUUCAUAUAAUUGUCUAACAUUUUUUUAUUGUACUGAGCUCCUGAAAUUCUCAUUGACCUCUGUAGGAGCCACAUGUGCAUAUUUGAGGGCAGAAUUUGACUAGUUUUGGAAGCCUUCUGGGGCCAAGCAGGAUCUGAGUGGAGUAGAUCCCUGGAAUAUCCACACAAUAAAGAGCUGUGUUUCAUUUCCAGUCGUCCCACUGGAAACAAGUGGGAUUGUUUCAUGGCAAAAUAUAUUCUAUCCCUACUGAAAAAGAAACAGAGCUGUUAUCUGAACCCUUUUAAACCCACUUUUUGUGAUCUUUGGGAGACUAACUCCUUUAAAUUCUUAUUAAAUGUACAUUAUAAACACAGCUCACCAUCAAAUCCUUUCCCCUCUUGCAUUGUUGUAUUACAAUGCUCCUGUCCU